GAGGCAGGCCAGGUGACACCAGCCUAUAAUACAACAGUAAAAGAACAGUAAAACAAAGCCUCCUACGUUUUCUAGAGCCUCCCGCUGUUUCUCCACCUCUCUGUACCCUUUCCCUAGCAUACCACACCCAGAGGUUGCUUGAUACCCUAGCUGUGAACCCCCGGAGGAAAAGCACCCCCACCCGGUUCUCGCCCAGCCCCUCCCCCACACUGUACUGACCGAGACGGACAGAUGCAGGUGCUUCGGGAGGCAGGAGGUGGGUGUCUAGCAUCCGGAGCCUAACUAAUAGUCCUAACAGAGAAUCUUCGUGGGAUGCCGGGGUCAGAUGUCCCUCCAGAAUGGGAACCAGGAUGCAGGCUGCUAUUCCGGGGCUCUGAUCAAACCGUUUAUUUAUAGCGCUGGGGGAGGGCUCCCAACACAGACAGCAGAGCGGCUGAUCUGCUGCAAUGUCACUGUUAACACUGCCACUGCAGACAGCCAGCACUUGCCAUUGCCAUCGCCGCAGAGGACAGAGGUCUCUCAGCUGCAGACCCCAGGGGCCGCUGGGCCCCGUGUCAGAGCCUGAUGGGCAGCACCAUGGAGCCCCCAGGGGGUGCGUACCUGCACUUGGGCGCUGUGACCUCCCCGGUAGGGACAGCCCGAGUGCUGCAGCUGGCCUUUGGCUGUACAACCUUCAGUUUGGUUGCUCACCGAGGUGGUUUUGGGGGUGUCCAGGGCACUUUCUGCAUGGCUGCUUGGGGCUUCUGUUUUGCCCUCUCCGUCCUGGUAGUAGCCUGUGAGUUCACGAAGCUCCACAGCUGCCUGCGCCUUUCCUGGGGCAACUUCACAGCAGCCUUUGCCAUGUUGGCGACUCUGCUGUGCGCCACGGCUGCGGUCAUCUACCCUCUGUACUUCACCCGACUGGAGUGCCCACAGGAGCCUGCCGGAUGCAUGGCCAGAAACUUCCGCCUGGCAGCCAGCGUCUUCGCAGGACUCCUCUUCCUGGCCUAUGCUGCUGAAGUGGCCCUGACGCGGGCACGGCCAGGUCAGGUAGCCAGCUACAUGGCUACCGUGUCCGGACUCCUUAAGAUCGUCCAGGCCUUUGUAGCGUGUAUCAUCUUUGGGGCACUUGUUCAUGACAGUCGCUAUGAGCGCUACGUGGCCACACAGUGGUGCGUGGCUGUCUACAGCCUGUGCUUCAUGGCCACCGUGGCUGUGGUGGCCCUGAGUGUGAUGGGACACACAGGGGGCCUGGGAUGCCCAUUUGACCGCCUCGUGGUUGUGUACACCUUCCUGGCCGUGCUCCUGUACCUCAGUGCCGCCGUCAUCUGGCCCGUCUUCUGUUUUGACCCCAAGUACGGAGAGCCAGGACGGCCCCCCGACUGCCUCCGAGGCAGCUGCCCCUGGGACAGCCAGCUAGUGGUAGCUAUUUUCACCUACGUCAACCUGCUCCUUUAUAUCGUCGACCUAGCCUACUCCCAGAGGAUCCGUUUUGUGCCCGUCUUGUAGCCUGGCCCAUCCAUCGGGAUCCUCUCUCUGGCUAUCAAGAUGAACUAAGACAUGGGAGACAAGAGGGAGGUUGGGGGCUCAGGAAAGUCUGGCAGCGCUAAGAGAAGCAAAGAGGAAGGACAGAGGAGCAGGAAGCCUUGAGCAGGGACGAGGGAUAGCUAAUGGGCUCUCGUUCUUCCUGUCUCUGUCUCCAUCUCUUGUCUAUUUCUCAGGUUCCUGACUGUCCUUGGGUCUGGUGAUAGUCGUGGUACCGUAUGGGAACUUUUGGAGCAGAGGCGAUUGUAUUUCGUUUUACAGAUGGGUACCGUGAAGCUGGAAGAACUUCAAGAGAAAAGACUGUGCUGUGGUUCUCAGGUGGCCUUAUGUCAAAGGUCAACACCAGAAUCACUGUGAAAAGAAGAUGGAGCUUUUCCCCAUACACCCAACGCAGACUGUGGCCCAGAAGCCUCUGCAGAGCCUACCAUGGCAGGCUGGCUUGGUUGGCAGCAUUGACUCACAGAGAAGAACCAUCUUGGUGUAGCCACUGGGUCAUGGAGCCUGGUCACAGGCCCUCCACUUAAGCAUCUUGUUAGCCGGUUGCUCCUGAACGCCAGAACGUGCUGGCAUCCUCCACUCUAGACUCAGCUUCUCCUGUGGAAGAGCCCGGACUGGAUUAACCAUGGGAAGCCCUUCAGUUCGUUAACUGACUGUCCCCCCGGUCCUCCAACAGGGAAUAAAAGGUGAAUGUUUA